UUCAUGGCUAAUUUAACCGGCGCUCGUUGUGAUUGCUGCAUUCGGUCUUUUGAUCAAAUGACUGAUGAGCUUGGCCAUGCUGAGCUCCUCGGAUAGCCCGACUUGGGACCUUGGCCUCUCUCGCCGUCGAAUAGCCUUUUGGCUCAGUGCUAAGCAUCCUUCAACUCUGAGCUAGCUAAAGAAAUGUCUGUCGGGAUAUCCAAUUGUCUCGGUCCGGGACCAAGGCCAUAUGCCGGCAACCCAAGAAUGUACGAGAUAUAAGAAGUGCUGGAACUAGUCCGAUAGAAUGAAGUUAUAGCAGCGGUCCACGCCCAUCUCAUCUGCUCUCCGAACUCGCUCCCAAUGUACAGUCUCCUAGGGCUCCUCGCUGCGCUGGGCUGCGCGCAGUCCGCCCUCGCAGUCCCCCUAGCCAGCCCCCCAAACUCUUCCUACAUCGACUGGCGCACCUUCAAAGGCAACGGCGUCAACCUCGGCGGCUGGCUCGAGCAAGAAUCCACAAUAGACAGUCUAUUCUGGGAUAAAUACUCUGGCGGCGCCUCAGACGAAUGGGGCCUCUGCGAACAUCUAGGCUCACAAUGCGGCCCCGUCCUCGAGCACCGCUACGCAACCUGGAUCACCAAGGCCGACAUUGACAAGCUCGCUUCCGGCGGUAUCACAGUCCUGCGCAUCCCCACCACCUAUGCCGCAUGGAUCGAUCUCUCCAGCUCGCAGCUCUACUCGGGAAACCAAACGGCCUACCUCAAAGAAAUCGCCGACUACGCCAUCAAGACCUACAACAUGCACAUCAUCAUCGACACGCACUCCCUCCCCGGCGGCGUCAACGGCCUGACCAUCGGCGAAGCCACCGGCCACUGGUACUGGUUCUACAACGAGACCAACUUCAACUACUCCAUGCAAGUGAUCGACCAAGUCAUCAACUUCAUCCAAACCUCGGGAUCCCCGCAAUCCUACACCCUCGAGCCCAUCAACGAACCCGCCGACAACAACACCAACAUGGUCGUCUUCGGCACGCCCCUCGCCCUGACGGACCACGGCGCUGCCUGGGUCCUCAAGUACAUCCGGGCUGUGGUUCAACGGGUCGAAUCGGUGAACCCCAACAUCCCCGUCAUGUUCCAGGGUAGUUUCAAGUACCCGCAGUACUGGGAGGGUGACUUCCCCGCGAGUACGAACCUCGUCUUCGACACGCAUCACUAUUACUACGAGCAUAUGGAUUCCUCGUCGGAGAAUCUGCCCGAGUAUAUUCUUGCGGAUGCGCGGGAGAAGUCGGGCACGGGCAAGUUCCCCGUGUUUGUGGGCGAAUGGGCAAUCCAGGCGACGUAUAAUAAUACGUUGGCGCUGCAGAAGAGGAAUGUGUUGGCGGGGUUGGAGACUUGGGGGAGCUUUUCGCAGGGGAGUUCGUAUUGGACGGCGAAGUUUACGGGGAAUACGAGUGUCGCUGGACAGGGGGAGCAGAAGGAUUAUUGGUGUUAUGAGACGUUUAUUGACGAGGGGUAUUUCAAUUGAGCAACUGCAACUCUGCGGUUGUUUAGUUGCUUGUUUUGUGUAGGAUUUGGAAUGUUGUAUAUAUGAUGGAAUGGAAUGAACUCAUGGGUACUAUUGAUGACUUUUUUAAAACAAAAUGAACAACACAGUCUAGACUCGUAGGAAAUAGAAUGCUCAAUACUAC